CUCCGGGCCGCACAGCUACACGGUGCGCUGGUCUGUGCGGAACUUCUCGUCCGUCUCCAGCUUUCGGGUGUACCACCAGGGGGCGCUCCGGGGCUCCACCCUCCUCAGCUGGCACACGGUGACGGGCCUGCUGCCCUGCAGGCAGUACAGCUGCAGGGUGGAGGCUUUGUGUGGGGCCAGCACGGUCAUGAGCUCCACCACCAUCCCCACCAGCACAGGCCCUGGCGAUGUGCUGGAUCUCCGGUUUUGGCAGGAGGACUCGAUGGCCUUGUGGAGCAGCAGUUCUGGGGCGGGCCUGGCACUCUCAUACUGGCUCUCUGAGAGAGGCCAGCCGGUCGUCCAGCAGGGCAGGCUUGAGGGUCCCCCCCCUGUCUCUGAAGGGCCUGAGGCCUGGUGCCCUGUAUGACCUGGAGGUGGUGCUAGAGUGCCCAGGGGGUGCAGAGCAGGGCGCCACAGCUGUGCUGCAGUUCACCACAGAAGAAGUCCCCGGCGACGCCCCCAAAAAUUCCAGAGCCCGAUCCAGUGGCACCACCAGCGAACGCUCUGCAGGCCCAACCACAGAGCGGCUCGGACUGCAGGGCCGUCUCGCGGACCACAGGAUGUUCCUUGUUGUGCCGUGGACAAUUCCGUCACCGCUGAAAGAUCCAGCUGCAGAGUCUCGGGUCCUGCUGGAGGGCGUUAUUAAACGCCAGGAUGUUGUCCUCGCAGAAACGGGGAUGUUCUCGCGCUGCCAGACGGGCGACGUCUCGGGCGCCGUCUCCAAGCCUUUCCUCCUCCGGCACUUUGGCGGGAACGUGACCGCCGUCCUCAACGACGGCCGCUGCUCCCUCCAAGAGACGGACAAGUUGUAUUACUACAGGAUGACUAGCGCCCCUUCUCUGUGCGGAGGGGAAACGCUGCUGAACCAGACUCAUGUGUCUCUGAGGAACACUAUGACCGUGACCCUGAGCAGUGGGAGCUCCAUCACGCAGAGGGACCUGAAGGUGCUGUGGACCUGUGCCUACCCCCUGCUCCACACCUCCACCGCCCACACCCAGCCUGGCCUGGCAUGGUUCUCCUCUCACAGCGUGGUGCAGGCCAGCUCCUCGCGCCUCCUGCAGCUCAGCAUGGGCCUGUACAGCGACGCCUCCUAUGCCUCCUCCCACGCCUACGCCGGCCCCGUGGAGCUGCCCCUCUCCGCGCGCCUGCACAUCCAGGUGACCCUGCACUCCCAGGACAGCCUGGCCUUCCAAAUGAGCCUGCAGCUGGAGGCCACAGAGACCACCGACCCACUGGAGGAGAGGAGGGCCUUUUACCUGAAGGAAGGGUGA